AUGUCGAUCAGUGAGGGUAAGUCGCCUACGGUGUCGGACGAGCAGCAUGUCCCCAGCACGCCCAAGUCCGUCGACCAGCUUGCGCCUAUCGACCCCAAGGUCGAGCGCAGGCUGCUCAUGAAGCUGGAUCUAUGCAUCUACCCGCCGCUGUUUGUCAUCUACAUGAUGUCUUUCCUUGAUCGCAUCAACAUCAGCAAUGCUCGAAUUCAGGGCAUGACCGAGGAGAUUGACUUCUCGGGCAACCGCUUCAAUAUUGCGCUUUUUAUCUACUUUGUUCCUUACAUCCUCCUCGAGGUCCCUUCCAACAUGCUUAUUCGAAGGGUCCGCCCGUCUCUGUACCUCUCUUGCCUCAUGUUCAUCUGGGGCAUCAUCAACAUGUGUAUGGGCUUCGUUCACUCCUACGGUGCCCUCGUCGCCUUGCGAUUCCUUCUUGGAGCCUUUGAGGCCGGCGUGCUCCCCGGAAUCAUCUACGUUACUUCCAUGUACUACAAGCGCCAUGAGUUCCAGAAGCGCAUGUCUUUCUUCUUCUGCAGCACACUGAUUGGAGGCGCCUUUGGUGGUCUCCUUGCCUACGCCAUUGCGCGGUUGGGUGGCGAGAAGGGCAUGAGCGCCUGGCGAUGGAUCUUCAUCAUAGAGGGUGCUAUCACGGCUUUCCUGUCCAUCUUCGCCGUCUUCCUCAUCGCCGACUGGCCCGAGCAGGCUCGUUUCCUCACCGCAGAGGAGAAGGAGCUCGUCCAGCGCCGCAUUUCUGAGGACACUGGUGACGAUUGCCGCAUGGACACCCUCAACAAGUUUGCCUACACUCGCAUCCUCCGCGACUGGAAGAUCUGGCUCGGCGCGUUCAUCUACAUGGGUAUCGGCACAACCGGUUACGCUGGUGUUUUCUUUAUGCCUACCAUCCUGCUUGAGUUCGGCUGGAAGGCUCAGGAGGCCCAGGUCCGAACCAUCCCCGUCUACGUGCUUUCCGCUGGCUGCAUGCUCCUCUCAGCUUGGGCUUCUGAUCGGACCAAACACCGAUAUGGCUUCAUUCUGAGUGGUGCGUGCAUUGCUACCAUCGGAUACUCGAUGCUGCUUAACCAGGGGGACAAGACUCGCGAUUACAAGUUCGCCGCUGUCUUCCUAAUCAACGCGGGAGGUUACAUCGCGACGCCCAUUGCCCUCGCCUGGCUGCAGAACAACCUCUCCGGACACUGGAAGCGAGCCUUCGGCUCGGCCAUCCAGGUCACUUUGGGCAACGUUGCCGGCAUUAUUGGCGCCAACAUCUUCCUCAUCAAAGAGAGCCCUACCUACAAAACUGGUUACGGCACCGCCCUAGGCAUGAUGUGGAUGGGCACCCUCGCAGCCACCACCAUGUUCGCCCUCAUGUGGCGAGAGAACAAGAAGCGUGCGGCUGGAGAGCGGGAUAACAGGCUGAACCUGGCCGACGAGGACCGCAAGAACAUGGGUGACUGGCACCCCAGCUUCAGAUUCACUCUGUAA